AUGGCAACUGAAGCCCCCAUUCAUCCUGCACAAGAUUUGCUGUUGGAGAAGGACAACGAGGCAGCAACUACAGUGAUCUGGCCAACCGAACAGGAAGAGGUUCUUUUGGAGCGACAAAGUCGACAAGGCACGUUCAAUGUGCAAUCAGAUCUCCUUCGGCGGCUUGCUGCUGCAGAGAAUGCACUCCUGGACGGCAAUGUGUCAGUCGAUAUCGACAGGCUAAAGAGAGACGCUGUGGAGGCAUUGGCCAAGAUUCUAUGA